AAGUACAUAAUUUACAAUCAUGUUGAAUAUUCUUAUUUUCAUUUACUUAGUUUAUUUAAAUACUUUUAUACUCUCUCAUAAUUCUAACAUUAAUUUCUCAGUUUGGGAAUUUAUUCAAGCUAACAGUCGAAAUUCAUCACGGCGAUUAUCAGGAAACAAAAAUACAAAAUACCAAAUGAAUCGUAUGCGAAGGAGUGGAAUGUAUCCUUCUAAGUUAAUUACACAAACAACAUCCAUAAACAACGGACCUUUCACAGACCCAAUUGUUGCCCAAGAGUCAUUUGGUUACAAUGGAAAUAAUCCUAUGACUACACUUAAACUUUCAAGUGUUGUUUCUCAACCAUCAGCAUAUCCAACGUUAGUAGCGAUUCCAGCGUCCAUUGAUGUAGGUGAACGAACGACAAAUAUGUUACCACUGCAAACUAGUGAGAUGAUAUCGACCACUAAGUACACACCUGUGGGGUAUUCUGGACUACCAAAUGAUCAAAGUUAUUCUACAACAUUUAUUAAUAGAGGAUCUGGACAAAUGCAAGAUUCCUUUAUGAUGGAUCCCAGACAACGCGGAAUGCCUAAUGGUGUUGCUCCAACUUUACAAUCGACUACCAUGAUCUCUCGAUCGCCAGGCAGUACUUUCAUGGCACCAAACCCAUACUCUGCGGCUUUUUCUGCAAACCCUGCUAAUCAAAUUCCAAUGAAUACAUACUCUACAUUGAACACACACGCGUUUCCUGCAGGAGCAUCAACCACUACAGUCAUGUCCCAAGGACCUAUGACAUCUACUACACUUUCGUCUCAUAAUUCAGAAGCAAUUUCUACUGUGUAUGGUGGGUCUACAUCCACUGCUGUAGUAUCAAAUAACCCCACAUCGACGUCCAUGGUAUCACAUACACCGACAACGACAGUUAUAUCUAAAAACACUGUGGCACCUAAUGUCUUCAAAUAUGAUACCCCGUCGACAACAGUUGUCUCACAAAGCCAAGGAUCAUCAACAGUGAUGUCACAAAUUACUUCCCCAACCAAAGUAGUAUCGAGUUAUUCUGAUCAAGCAGGGACCGAGGUUGUAACAACACCAGGCUCUGUGAGCGUGGCGGUUCAGCCUGUAACCACUUAUUCGCCUGUCUCGAUUUCAACAACUCCGUCUGUAACAAUCGUUCCAGGAAGAACUUCAACAACAGAUGCAACAAUGACCAGUCAGCCUUCCUCUGCAGCCAAUCCUGUGACGACUAUGUCAACCAUUAUAUCGGAGUCACGCAAUCUUAAAGAGAAUGCAAGAAUGAACUAAUGAAAAGUAUAAAUAAAUAAAAGGAUCAAUUUGUAGGAUGAAAAUCAUUUUGUUAGUGUAUAAAGAAUUUGAGGACACUCUUCUUAAAUUUAUCGAACAUUGUUAUUGUAAGGGAAAUCUUUUUAUUUAAUCCAGUAUAACAAUCUAAUAUUAAUAGUAAAUAUUGCUUUUUAAAAUAUAGUAUUGCUUAAAAUUUGCUCACAGAAAAAACUAUAAGUUUAAAAAUGAAUUUGGUCUCAUGUUCGCUUUGUUUUUUAUUGCUAAAAAAACUAAAAAACUAAUAUAAAAAAAUUAUUUAAAAAUUGUUAAAAAUUAAGUCGUUAAAGUUAAAUUUCAAAAAAUGAAUGUAUAAGUUGUCUAAUUUGAAAAGUUCGUUUUCUUAGCGAGAAGGAAAUAGCUUUACUCUUUUUUAUGUUUUGCAACCUCUGAUUGUGCGUUGAAGGAAUUUACAGGUAAAACCUUAAAAAAUGAUUUGUUAAGAAAAAAUAACAUUCUUCAAGUAGAACAAUUAUUAGGAUUGUAACGACUCAAAAGUGUAUCGAUAACACUCCUCUUAUGUGACAUGAUUAAUUUUGCAUCCAACGGGUCGUGCUUUGAAAAAGUUACUAAAUUUUGAUUAUCUAGUCUCGUUUUGAGUGGUAUGCUCGAUGAUCAAAAAGCAUGAACCAAAGUUCAAGAUGAAAUUUAUACCUUAAAGAAUUUAAUGUACUCCAGUUGCAAAGUAAAUGUCUGCCUCAUACUGGUUUAGCAACAAGCAAAAAAGCCACUCUACUGGUGAGGCAACUCCACAAUGGCAAAACUCUGUUGUUCAUUCAGUAAGUUAUUUAGGUGUAAUGUGAAUAACAAAA